CUCCCGCUUGAAAGCGGCCUCCCCCCCCGCCCCCCCUCCCCUGGCGUGGAGGAGCCGGAGGGAUCCCUGGGAGCGUGGCCGGCGCAUUUCCACCCCAGCCCUGUUGGAGCCCCGCUUUCCCCCCAAAACCCCUCGUAUCGUGGCAGGACAGAGAGCCAAGCGGGGGGGGGAGGGGGCAAGGUGCAGGGCAAACGCCGAGCCCGGCUGGGCACCCUGGCAUCCGGGGCAUCCACGGGGACCGAAUCCCCCUGCCCGUCCUCCGGUGACUAAUCCCAUCCUGUGCUUGCGCGAGCCGGGCUGGGUUCGCCCAUGACUAACCAGGUGCUCUGAUGAAACCUUAUCCCCGGCCAUGCUUGGCGUUUGCCGAGAGAUUUUGUUUCCGACUCCCGGAAUAUGAACCAGGUGUGGCCGCCAUGGAAAGCAAUGACAAGCCAAGUGGAUAAAGGGAGGGGAAAGAGCGGUGAGAGCGCUGGGAGACUGGGGUUAUUUACCUGGUGAGUGCCUCCGGGGACGCCUGCGAGCUCUCCUGCUCACCCCCCUGGGUUAUUUUACCUGUUGCCUGAGCCCGUUGCACUGAGCAUGCUGAGGGCAGCCCCCAACGGCUCCCGCUCUGCCAAGAGGCUGAACCUGGAGGGGAAACUGAGGCACAAAGCGGGGAAAGGAGGCUGGAAUUGGAACUGGGCUUCCCCGAGGCUCGGCCGGGCGCCUCGCAUGCGAAGCCUCCUCUCCCUUGGUCUCUUUUUCUGUCUUUCUGAGCUACUGGGGACGUGAGCGUAGAGCCCGGGCUGGCGUCCGUGCCGCUCCGGCCCUGCGGGCUCGCCAGUGCGGUCUGGUCCGAGAGCCAUCGCCUGCCCGCUGCUGCCGGAUCCGCAGCCCGUCUUAAUUGCAGCCGGGAGGGAAGGGUGUUGCACGGCUGCAGGGCCGGGAGUGCCAGGGGGAUCCCGGUAUUGGGAUCCCGGUAUUGGGAUCCUGGUCCCUGGGGGUCUCGUGCUCCCAAUGCCGGGCGCUUUGGGGUGCUUUGGCAGGGAUGGGAUGAGCUUUGGAGGGCUCCUCGCUGCUGUGCUGGAUCCUGCAUGCCGCCUUUGCCAUCGUCUAAAACAACUACUGGCUACGGCACGGCGGGCCAGGGCUGCCCGGUGCGGGGCGAGGUGCCGCUGGGCUCUGCCCUGUAAUCGUGGCCACUGCGUCCGGCCCACGGGGAUUAAUCCGCCGAGCCGGGGGGCCAGCAGCGCCUCGCUCCCGGCCCUGCUCCCAGCCCCGCGUUGCUCCAGGCACCCGUUGCAAAGUUCAAGCGCGGAGGCUGGGUGCAGAGUCCGCGUCCCCACUGGGCGCCCACGCUGGCCCUCCCAGGGAGCCUGUCCCGGCCUCGCUCUUGUUCCCAGACCCCCGUUUCAGCCCGCAGCUUCCCAGCUGGCAGCCGCAGCACCCCCUUUUCCGGGCCGAGAGCCGCUCGCAGGAGGUGGCCACCGAACGGCGACGUGCACACAUGCCCUUGCCACCUCUUCAGCCCAUGGCAGGGACGGACAAACCCCAGCUUUCGGCUUGUGCCUCGAGCGCAGCCUUGCUGGCAGGCCCUGCUAUGGCAUAACCCUGAGGGCUUCAUUUUUUUCCCCCCGACGGCUUUUCCAGCCCCUAACAGCGCCUGCCCGUGCUGCUGUGCCUAUUGGCGCCCUGUCGCAGGGUGUCUCGGUCCCGUCCCAUUAUCUCGCCCUGCCCCUGUUUCCCCGUCUGCCCGGGCCGAUAGAGAUGCUGCAUCCAUCUUCUCCUAGGAAGACGGAGGUUUGGGUGAAGAGCAGCCAGAUAAGAGGCUGUCCGCGGGGCGCUGGACGCCUGCCGCCAUCCCAGCGGUGCAGACCGCGGGGCCCUGCGCGGGCUGCCGGCGUUUUGGGCGCAUCAUCCGGCUGCGCCUGCUGGGAGCGAGCUCAGGAAAUCGCCACCCGGAGAGCCGCCUUUCCCGCGGGCUCGCCGGGAGCCAGAGCUGGCUGGCCACCGCUCUGACUCAUUUUCUCCUCCGUUCAGGCCUGGCUGUCCGGGGAAGGAGCUCCUGCUGCCGGCUCCGACAAGGCGAGGCGCCAGCCCCGCCGGGCACCAGCCUUUGCAUCGGCAGGAACUGUCCCCCGGCCCCUCUGGCCUCGUCCCUGCCCCGACUCCUGCUCCCCUUGCAAAACAGAGCCAGACCAGGGUCCAGCCUGGCAGCGUUGCCCCAGCAGGCUGCAAAGGCUGCAGCAGCACAGAGCUAAUCGUUAACGCGGGGCUGGCGCAGAGGUGGCUCUCGCCUGCGUGUCUCCAAGCUGGUGGCCAUAGCUGGGCCACCAUGUCCACCGUGGAGCCCCUGCCUGGAGCCCCUCAGCCAGGCAUCGUGGCCUCCCUGGCUGCCCAGAGGGCCAUGACCACCGGGCACGGGAGCCCUGCGGCCACCCUGACCCAGCACAGCAGCGCCGACUUGUUUUUGGAUAUCUCAGGACAAAAGCUUUAUAUUUUUUCCAGCUACGGGAAUUAAUUUGGCAGCAGCCCUUUGCCAGAUUUGACGUUGACUUUGCAGAUUGUUCCCGGCUGGCUGGGGCUGCGUUUCUGCCGAGUCGACCCUUUGCCUGGAGGAAGGGGGAAAAAAGUAAAAAUUAAAAUCUUUGUGGCCCUGUGUGAGCCUGGCUGCUGGCACGAUGCUCCCAUGGUUCUUCCGCCCAGCACGGCUCUUCCUGGUGGAGAAACUGAGGCUUCGCAAGCCGGUGACUUAGCAAAGGUCGUGCCGUGAGUCAGCAGCAGGCUGGGAACAGGACCCGGGCGCCGAGCUCCCGGCGCUGGCGGGUUUAUUCUCUCACCUUCCUACCCAGCAACAAGCUGCGCGCGCGCCGAGACCCCCGCCUGCUUUCUCUCUAGGCUCCUUCUACCUUCCUUUGAGGCUUUCUCGGGGAAUUUAUGGCUGCGUUAGCGCUGGCUGAAAUGGGGGGUUAUUUUUAGAAACUAUAAAGAGCAGCCGGAGCCGCUUUUGCUCUAUUCCCGCGUGGGGCGGAGGGAAUAUCCGCACUUCGAGCUCAGCGAAACGGCACCUGCCGGCUGGGCCGGGGGCGAGGAUGGGUGCUGGCUCGCCGCUGCAGGCGCAUGUGGUCCCAGCCCCGUGCGCUCCGGCCUGGCGGUGCCGUGAGAAUUCCCCUCCCAAUUUGCGCGAAAACGGGGUGCGUGGGGCCAGCUGGCGUUGCCCCACGGCGUUGUCCGUCUUUGCUGAUGUUUCCCUUCCCAUCCGGGCAAACCGAGUGAGUGCCCGAGGCUCCCGUGAGCAUCUCCGGCUGCAGUCGUUCCUCUGCAGCCGGCAUUCCUCUAGCACGCGGCCCAGGCCACAAAUUUGCUGAGCUAAAUAUGUCUGAGCCAGUCUAGACAAGAGCUUAGGGGUGGAGAGGGCAGCGCCAGUCCUCGCCCGUCCUCUCGUGGUGCCCGGGAUGCUGUCACCGGCUUGGAAACGGGGAUGUGACUUUGCUUUGGGGGACUGGGGCCGGACUGGAGAAAGGGAAUUCCUCCACUGGCCUCAUCCUAAUGCUGGGGUCACAGCUUGGAGCGGGAUGGGAGCUGGGGCUCCCCCCUGCCCGGCUCUGACACGGGUCUGUGUCCACCAGAUUGACG